UUGUGGGACCCAGUGCCACAGCUUUCAGUGGCCUGCCUACUCUUCUGUUAAUCUAGACCCAGUUUGUUGGACAGUGAGGAUUUGUUGUGUGUUCUACUCUGGUUCAAAGUUUCACCGUUGUCCAAUUCAUUUAAUUUGUUGGUUCUUUACCAUUUUUUGUUACUUCUCGUAGUUUUGCAUCAGUCUCCAUGUAGUUUCGCCAUAGUUUUUCCACAACAGCCUCUCCUAUGCUUCUUUCCACAAGUUCACACUCUUGAAGAAAAGUUUCUGAGUAGGCUCUAGUAGUUUGCAGUGUAUCUUGACUUAUUUUCUGGUGUGAAAAAGUGAGUUAUCUUUCCUUUUUUUUUUACUUUGGAAAAGGGGAGAAACACAAAAACAUGGCCUCUUUUAAACUGGAUUUUUUGCCUGAGAUGAUGGUGGACCAUUGCUCUUUGAAUUCUAGUCCUGUGGCAAAGAAGAUGAAUGGGACCCUGGACCACCCAGACCAGCCCGACAUCGAUGCUAUCAAGAUGUUCGUUGGCCAGAUCCCACGGUCCUGGGCAGAGGAACAGCUGCGGGAGCUUUUUGAGCCUUACGGCGCCGUCUACGAAAUCAAUGUGUUGCGUGACAGGAGCCAAAAUCCCCCACAGAGCAAAGGUUGUUGUUUCAUAACAUAUUACGCUCGCAAAUCAGCGUUGGAAGCACAAAAUGCCCUUCACAACAUGAAAAUUCUCCCUGGGAUGCAUCACCCCGUUCAGAUGAAGCCAGCUGACAGUGAGAAGAAUAAUGCGGUGGAAGACAGGAAGUUGUUCAUAGGGAUGAUAUCGAAAAAGUGUAAUGAGAAUGACAUCAGACUUAUGUUCUCGCCGUACGGACAGAUCGAGGAAUGUAGAAUACUACGUGGGCCGGAUGGACUGAGCCGUGGUUGUGCGUUUAUCACUUUUACAGCAAGACAGAUGGCACAGUCAACAAUCAAAUCCAUGCACCAAUCACAAACUAUGGAGGGCUGUUCGUCUCCCAUCGUCGUGAAGUUUGCCGACACGCAGAAGGACAAAGAGCAGAAGCGCAUCGCCCAGCAGCUUCAGCAGCAGAUGCAGCAGCUCAACGCUGCCUCAAUGUGGGGGAAUCUGACCGGGCUCAACUCUCUGGGCCCACAGUAUCUGGCACUUUAUUUACAGCUCCUCCAGCAGUCUGCCACCUCUGGGAAUACCCUCAACAACCUUCACCCCAUGUCUGGUAUGUCAGGGCUGAAUGCCAUGCAGAACCUGGCUGCUCUGGCAGCGGCGGCCAGCGCAACACAGGCCACGGGCAGCAGCGCUCUCACCACCUCUAGCAGUCCCCUCAGUGUGCUCACCAGCUCAGGUACGGGUACUGGACAGCAAGCACACUCAUCAUGGGACACCUACAAGGCAGGAUCGUCACCCACCUCCUGUAACAACAACUCAGUGAACCCCAUGGCCUCUUUAGGGGCGCUGCAGUCGUUGGCCGCAGGGGCUGGAGCCGGCCUCAACAUGGGCUCACUUGCAGAGCUCCUGUGUCUAGGGAUGGCAGCCCUGAACGGUGGUCUAGGCAGCGGGGGCAUGUCGAACGGAACUGGUAGCACCAUGGAAGCCCUUACCCAGGCCUACUCCGGGAUCCAGCAGUACGCUGCUGCUGCCCUCCCCAGCCUCUACAACCAGAGCCUGCUCUCCCAACAGAGUGUCAGUGCUGCAGGGAGCCAGAAGGAAGGCCCUGAGGGAGCCAACUUGUUCAUAUACCACCUCCCCCAGGAGUUUGGAGACCAAGACCUGCUCCAGAUGUUCAUGCCCUUUGGCAACGUUAUUUCCGCUAAGGUGUUCAUUGACAAGCAGACCAACCUCAGCAAGUGUUUUGGCUUUGUGAGUUACGACAAUCCAGUCUCAUCUCAGGCCGCCAUUCAGUCGAUGAACGGUUUCCAAAUUGGUAUGAAGCGACUAAAGGUGCAGCUGAAGCGAUCCAAAAAUGACAGCAAGCCAUACUGAGCGCUUUAUCUCUCAAUUGGACUUGGUUAGGAAAUGUUUUUUUUUCUGGUAAGUGGAGUGUGUGAAAUAAGAAACUAAAACGCUGCUGCAAACCCCUACCCCUCUCCUCAUUCUUCCCUCUCCCUUUACGCAUGACAAGAUGACCACUUUGCUGGGGUCAAUCCGUUUUAUUCUCUGUAUUAACAAACGCAAGCAGAAAACAAAACAAAAAACAUGCAAAAUGAUACGUAUAUUUUGCUCAACUGAAACUGGACACUUACAUUCUGUUUUGGUUUUGAAGUAGGUUGUUUUUAAAACAUAAUUGUAUUUUUUUAAAGUUAAGGUGGUCAUUAGUUUUCUGUGUAAAAGUUUUAAGUCAUAAUGAUGUUGCAGAAUGACAGCCAGUUGCCAAAAUAUCCCCUUAAUUUUUUACUCCUGUACCCACCACCACCUUAUCCUGCCCCAUGCCCCCCGGCCCCCACUUUAAAUGAAUCCCAUAACCAAACCAUCCACAUGGUUGCAUUCGUAAACUGAUACAGUACAUUAGGACACUGAGCGUCAUGCGGAGCCUUCCAGAAAACAGCCUUUUUGAAAUGAGGAUGGACAGACCAUGCACCGGAUAAUGGCAAGAAAACAAUAGCUGUUUGCCAACUGAAAUGAUCAAUUAUCUACAUGUACGCAAGAUCUGACUUCACUCCAGCAGAGAGACCUUUUCUAUUUUUUUUUUUUUUGUAUAAGUUGCCUGAAGUCUAUUUGUGAUGCUCUACCAGGAAUACAAUGCAUACAGUAGGCUUUGACUUAUUAUUUAUAUUUUUGUUUGUUUGUUUAUUUAUUCAACAACCAACAAGAAGCUUGAAUUUCUUUCCUCGGCAUUAUAUUUUGGCGCAAAAUAUACUUUUUUACAACUCUGAAUGAAUUGAUUUGUAAGACGUCAGCAGUAUUGCCUUGGAUGGUUUUGUGAGAUAUUUAACUUGCCAACCUCUUGCUUUGUCUCAAGACAAUGUCACAACGCCACUCCCUUGCUUCAGGCAUGUAGUGUAGUUUAUCUGAAAUACUUCACCCUUUUUUUUCUCAAUUGGAUAUCUGAUAGAGAAUAUGGGGUCCUGCAUCAUUUAACAGAUACUGUGCUGAAUGUAUGUGAAGGGAGGUAUAAUUGGGUCCUACUUUUAAGUUUUAAUGAACACGGCCACUAUGGUGUCAUCUGGCUUAAGUCAUUUUAUUCCCCACCUGUCAGAUGUGUGAAUUUGGCCUUCUGUCUAAUGCUGCCCUUCACAGGACCCUUAAGAGUGGCAAUAACUUAGUAUCUAUUCUGUCAUGAUCUUUUACUUCAAACGAGCAUUCCGCCCCAUUUAGAGUAUUCCCAUUCAAUCUAUUUCCUUUCUGUUUUUAGCUGUCAGUUCAAGUAGAUCAUCAGUCCUACUUCUAACACUAAAUGGAAUAUCACUUGGCAUUUUAAGCUUGCAGUAAUGUGAGUGAGUGAGUGUUCUAGAAAAGAUGUUUAAAAAAAAGUGCAACACCGGACCAUUUUGACAGAUUCAUCCUAAAUUAUCCAAUUGUCUCUACUAAUUACUGAUGCAAAAAUAAUGCUCUAAGUAGAUAUUAUAAUUUAUUUUAUUAUUAUUUAUCCUCGGUGUUAACCCAAAUGUUUUGUAAUUAUUCGUCAUCCGCAGUUUUAAGUAGUCUGCUCUACCUCUGAGCUGGUUAGAUGAGACUACUCACUCAAAAUACUGGCUUCCCUGCAGAUUUUUAUUCCCUUGUGUGUAUUUAUUAUUGACUAAAAACGCUAGCAUUUCAUGAUUGGUGACGUGAAAUAGAUGUUUAUCACUACAACAAACACAGUAAUCAGUUUCUUAGACUUCCAUUAUCUUAUGAAGUGUUUUUAUGGAAAUGGAAAAUAAACAAUUGUCCAGAUGUAUAUUACAAAACUAUUAUGCCUUUUCUAUUUUUAUAGGGGUUUUAUACUUCUCCGGAGUAUCGAACUAUUUAUUGCCUACAUUUAUUCUCUGAAUUUAAAUGAUCGUUUUCAAGAAUCUUCAACAGUAUUUUGUAGAAUCCUAAUGUGACGUUGGUUACUACAUUUAAAUAUGUGAGGGUUAAACUACUGACCUGUGUAGCCCUAUUCACGUUUUUAUUGUUAAUGUGCAACAAGUGGCAAUUUUGUAUAGAACUGUCAAUGAGUAGGAUUUGCCAGAGCUGCUAAAGAUUUCGAAACAGUAGCCCCCUUACAUUUUAAGAAUAGAUGUGUGCCUAUUUAACUAUUAUUUCCAUGUGCAUAACAAUACCAACUGAGAAAAUAGGCUUAAGCAGGGUUAAGUCAAGGGUAUUUGCUGCCAUUAAAAUAAGUCCAAAGACUGAAUCUCAACUGAUGGGAGCACAUAGUUGUUCAUAGUUGUUGUAUAUGAACUAAACCAUCACUGUAAACUUUGCUGUACAUCUCAUACAUUUUGUUACGUAUGCAAGGCAUAAUUUAGAUUAAGCGUACAGAAGACGAAUCCUUAAGAAUAGCAGCAGAUUAUGGCAGAGUUAACAUGAGAAGAUGCCAAACACUCACAGAAAAGCUGUUUUGUUUACAAAGUGAAACAGACUAAUGUAGUCUUAAAGUUUUAUAGGUUAAACGUUUUUACUAAUUUGUUAUAUAAAAUGUCUGAAGUUUGUUUGCGCUGUCUUUACUUACCCUUUCUGUAUUGAAUUGACAAACUGCCUCUUAUUUAAAAAGGUACCUCCUUGCCAGAUACUGUACUUCACUGUUUUGCUGUGGAUGUAAGAUGCAUUGCAUAUGAUGGAAUUAUGAACAGAUAAAGCACAAAAUCCAAAGAGAAAUGUCAAUUGAGAUUCGUUGACAAUCAGCUCUCAUAGAUCAUUCUAUCAAAGCACACUUCAUCUAAUAUUGCUGGCUCAACCCAGGUAACUCAUUACAAGCAAUGAAUAUCAAAAAAUUGCAAUUUUUACAAUCAGUUAGGAAAUUAUAAAAGCAAAUUGGGACAGACGGCACUAAACCCCUUGGGGGGAUUAUUUUCUGAAAUUGGAAUACUACUGAUCAUUUAUUUUCAUUUUUGACUACUUUAUUAAAAAUCCUCAAAUGUAAUACUAAGUCACAAAUGUUGACUGUACAGUAGUAGGCAGUCAGUGUGAUGUCUCGGUGUUGUGUCCUAUAAGUUCUCACCUCAAUUCUCUGUUCGCAUGUUGCUUGUGUUCCCUCUCACCCUUUCACCUCUUCUGUCUCACAUUGAAUGUUCUGUGUUUAGAUUGUGUAUCUGGUAGUGACCCCCCUCCCUUCCCCAUGCAAAGAUAAUCAUUCAUGGUUUUCUUUUUUCUCCCCUCUCCUUUUUCUGUUGUUGCUUUAACCUAGGUUUGUCUCCCUGUUUUGUUUUAUUCUAGAUAUCUUCGUGCCCGUUUGUUCAUCGUUUGCCUAGCAUGUUGAUGUGACGUCAAAAGUUCAUCGUCCAGUUCGUUGUCCUCUGCACCUCUCUGACGCUUGAAAUGUUCACCUUUUUGACCGUUUGACAUUUACUGGGGGGAGGUCUGUGUUUCUCUCUUGUCUUUUGUGCUGCCAGUAGGGUGUGCUAGAAAGACUGCCAAGAAAAUCAAUGUAUAAAGCUACAUGAGUAUUGUUUUAAGCAAAAAAGAGGAUCUAUUUUUCUAGAAUUUACUGACAUAACCACUCGAUUUUUCCAAAUCUGUUUAAUUUUGUUUUGUUUAAUUUUUACCUUGAUGGUAAACUCAUUUAUUUUUUUCAUUAUAUUUUGAGCGGUCUUCCUAGCGCCCCCCACCUACGUUUUUGUUUUGUGUCUGAAAACAACCAAUCAAUUUAUAGAAACGACUUCUGUGUUUGGGUGUUUUCUCUCUUGUAAGUUAUACACUUUUUUUUAGGAUGUCUUUGGUCACAUUUUGCUGAACUGGGGAUGACUUUGUAAUUUUGUGCUAGGCUAGUUGGCAUGAUGGUAAUUUUUUGGGAGUUUCUUUUGAGUGACAACGAUAUACACUUGAAUCACCGUUUUUGUCUUUCAGUGUGUGAAGUCAUCACAGGCACAUAAUGUUUUAUAAUUUCCUUUUGUGUGGAAAUCAUCCUUAGUCUGAAUAAAAUAUACUAAAUUAGCAGAAUUUAUUUUCUUUUCACAGUUAAAUAUAUAUUUAGCAUGCACGUGUUUGUAACUGCACUGUAAUCUUCAGCAAAAUGUGUUUGCGUUUUGUUUAUAGAAAGAAAAAAUGAUGAAUAAACGAGUGCCAAACGAUGCUGUUGGACACAUUUAUCUCUUACACGUUACCCACUGAAGUUAAGAUCUGGGAAACAAAAAGUAGGGGUUGGUUUCUUUUUCAACGUUAAUGUGGUGGGUUGUACCUCGUAGGUUUUCAUGUGUGUGUGUGUGUUUUAGUCUCAUUUUAGGGACCCAUAUUUUACAUUAGGAUUUGAGGUGAAGUUAGGUGUUGGAAAGAUUUAGAUUUUUCUGUACAAGUAGUCCCCAAACUAGGUCAAACAACAAAAUCAAAGAUCUCAUGCAUUAAAACCAGGUUAUAAAGCAUGUGCCCUUAAAGGUUUAUUCAUAGCUACUUCAGGAUUAAUUAUGUUGGGUUGGGAGUGUUUUCAGUGAUUUGUUUUUGUCUCAUAAUAAAGGCUAAACACUACCUUUUCAUGCAGGUCCUGAUAAACUUUGUAUUUUACUCCCAGAAAGCACAGGAUUUAUUAGCAUACCUUGUCUUUUAAUAUAGAUGUAUUGCAUUGGCACAGUCUGUAGCGUGUGAAGUGAUGCUUUAUCUGACCUUAUGAUUUUGUCUGAUAACUUUUGCCAUGUUAUGUGUGUGUCAUUGUGCAUUAACCUCAUCAAUUUGCUUUACUUGGGAAAAAUGAAUCCCUUCUACUGUCAUCAUUUAAGUGGUCCAUAUCUAUACAAACCAUUGUCUUUGCAGUUGUUAAAACAUGGCUCCAUCCCUGUUGGUUAACGUCAGGGCCCUCUUCUCAAACCAGGGUUGGGUCUUAGAAAUGGAACGUGUUCUGUACUCGGAACUACCCUUUAAUUAUUUUCACCGUUAAAAACCACUUCUCUGGGUUAUUGAUCUCCCAUUGUUCAACAAAAAAAUGUGUUGGAUGGAAUCUUCUAAAAUUAAUUGACGUGCAGAAAAAAUAGACUAAUUGGAUUGACUGGGCUCAUUUCAUUUUAACAUUGUGAUAGAUUUUGUAUUUCCAGAUUUGUCAGCUGCUAGGUCUGAGUUUAAAUGUGAUCCUAAAAAAUAAACCUGUUGCAUAUUUUUAGCAUUAUUAUUGGUACAAAGUGACUGAUUUUCUAUUUAAAAUUUGGUUUGUACAGUUUUUGCCUUUUCUACUUGAACAAAGUUAUUAUACUUCACAAUGUGAGAUUGAAAUUAAAAGAAGUUCAACCAUGUAGAGCUUAGUUGCCACAUGAUCAAACCUUAGUCUGUACAGCUGUAAUAUUAAUUGAUAAAAUAAUGCAUUUCUGUGAAGUCUCCUUUAGUUGAAUUCAAUUAAAUGCUUUUCUUUAUUUGUUUUGUUUUACAAUGUUGUGAUUUUGCUGUGAGGCAUAGGCAUUGCUGAAUUUAUUACAUGGCCAAAACAGUUGCUUUUUAAAAUAAUUUCAGUUCGAUAUUGUCUUAAAUGUUUUGGAUUAAGGAUAACAGUCUCCACAGGCAUGAAGCUAAGUGCACACUCGAUAAGCAGUCAUUUUGUGAGCCAAAAUUGUGAUCCCUAUUUGGUUGGUUGGUUUGUUUAUGUACAAUUAAACAUUUUAAAAAUUCAUAUUAAAACUGUCUUUGACUAUU